AAGCACGUUCAAGUGCACUUACUUAGGAAUAAGAAGAACUCAAUUUAUAAAAAAAAAUAGGGAAAAAUAGAGUGCGAAGAGCCACUGAAAUCACACAGAUUAAAGCGAGCAUUGGCACAAGUACAUGUUGAUGCAAGACUUGAAACAGUUGAAGUCAUUACGAUCGCUACAUUACGCUAUGAGUUGUUAAUUCCUUAAUAUAUUCUGAAAAUUUUGAUAAAAAUAUUUCUUGGUUUUGAAGGUUAACAGCCAGCCGAAAGUCUUUUUUUUGGUGGGGCGUAACCAAAACGUCCAUAAGCUAAUGUCAGCUACAAAAACUCUUAUAUGUUCACAGCGAGAUAAUAUUUUACUAGUUGCAGUUUGCAGUCCGGAUGCUCUUUAUUAUAUUAGUUUCCAAUUAUGGCCAAGUAGAUUAAAAAGAGUUGUGGGAUCUUUGGACAGAAUGUGACAGGAAUAAUCCAGAGAAGGACGUAGGCCUAUCACUUAAUUGUACAAAUGACGUAGGCCCUAACGAGAAAGAUGCCUGUCGCUACGGUAGAAAGAUCCAACGUUCUCGCGUAACCAAAGAAUAUGUACAAUAUCAUUCAUAAAUAAUAAUCAGGUUAAAUAUUAGGACAUAACAAGCAUAUCAAGCAAGUGAGAGUUAAUUUUCCAAAGUUCUUACCUGAAAAGGCCCCUAUAAUCGGUCCAUCAUAAAUAUAGGUCGGCAAAACAGUUUAAACAUGCUAUCCUGUAUUUGGAAACCCGUUUCUAAUGGAUUUGGCUGCUUGGAACUUAACACUGAUACAGCGAUGAAGAAUGGUGAUAUUAGCAGUAUCUACACAUGGUGCAAAUGACAUUAUCUGGAAGUUGAAAAUUGAAUUGAAGAUUAUCUGGAUUGAAAUUGAAUGUAGAUUAGACUUUCAGAAGAAAUAGGUAAUGUCUGGAAGCGGAUGGAAGACUAUCAAGAACCAUUGUGGCGAUGACGUUGUUUUCGCAAAUGAUUUUCUGAUGACAAACAAUUUACCAUGUAAUAUAUAAUUCAAUUUAAUGCAUAAUUCCGUUGCGAAAGAUCCUAUAAAAAACUUCAAAAUAUUCAAACAAACUGACUCAGACGCCCAAACCAAUUUAAUGUGCAUUAAUAACAGUUAACGAAUGAAAUAUGGAAUGGUUUCAACGAAAGAGGCGAUCAGAUUCGAGAUAAACAGUAAUGAUACUGAUAUACGUGUUUCAGGCCAUUUGUUGAUGAUAGACGGAAUGCUAUUUGGACGAUAUCUACCGAGAAUCAUGAUAUCGCCUUCGUUUUUAAUUAAAUGUCAAAACAACGGGGGAGGAACUGGCCUGAAGCAAGUGCACAGAACUAAACAAGACUCAAUUCAAAUCAAAGCCGGUACGUUACUUCAAAUCAAGGCUGUAUUUGUUGAAAAAUGAUUUCACGAAUAAAGCGUCUUCAUCCUGAGAGCAAUUUAUUUUUUCCAUCCUAAUAAUUAGAGGUGGAAUCCCAAAUUUACCUAGGACUGAUAAUGAAAUAUGGCGGAUAAAUUUUUCCAAUGAGAUUAAAUCUCUCUUUUUAGACUUGUGUGUCGUGAAAUGGACAGGCAAGAAAUGAAAUACUAUGCCAUAAAUUUUGGUAGAAAUCGAAAAACGAAUACUAGUGAACGGACAGAAAUUUAUAGUUAAUAUCGAGAAGCGCCGAGCUUGUCCUUUAAUGUGUUUUCAGUACUGAUUUCAACUUUAUCAUUUAGUAAUAUUAUUCUUAUGAUAUUCUCAAACAUCAAAAUAAAAUAUUGAAUACAGCACUGUUCUUAUAUAAACUAAUAAAAAGAAAUGGGAUUUUGUAUAGGCUAUGCAUAAAAUUGUAUCGCAGGUGCGAUAUGUGUCGGACUUGAUAUUAUAGCGCGACGACUUGUGAAUUGAUAUGAAAAUACAAUGCUCUUUUCAAUUCAAUGAGAAGUCAAUGUGUAAUGUGUACAAAUAAAAUAAUGCUAUACCAUUAUUAUUUCAGUGUUUAACUCGUUUGGAGAUAUCUACUUAUAGUAAUAAUAGUGAAUAGAUAUCUUCAAAAAAUGAAAUAAUUUGAUUGCCGCUGGAUAUUAGACAAUCAAAUGAAUUAUCAAGUCAUUCAUAUUCGACUUAAUUAAGACUGGCAAGGAAGCUCAAUUUUAUUCUUCUAAAUAAAAAAAACUAAUGGGAAACAUGAAGACUGAUAUACAGACUACAUAUUGUUUAACACCAAGUCAUCAUUUUCAACAAACUCACGGGGAUCAGAAAAUUAUGAGUUUUAAAUUACCCCAGUUUAAAUCAAACAAAGUGACAACAAUGAACGAAAGCAAAAAAAAGACAAUUUUUCCAGAAAUGAAUCAGGAACAAAAAGUGGAUAUGAUGGAAAGAAACAACUUUCGUUCUCAAAUAAAAAAGAUAAAAAUACAGCACAAACCUAUUAAUGACGACGAAGUUUCGAGAUUUUUGUCGCAAAUCAAAAAUGAAAGUAGUGAUUGGAAACUUUCAUCUGUAGUUGAACUUGAAUUCCGUGACUGCGAUCUUACCCCCGGAUCAAUUUCUAUCUUCAUAGACAAUUUGGAUGAGGAUACCAAAGUUGGGACACUGAACGUCACUGGAACAACUAAAGUUGAUGUUUUGAUAACAAAAAUAUACGAGCUCGUUGAAAAGUUUGGCACUGAAUAUCUCAAUCUCGAAGAAAACGAAACUGAGCCGGAUUUUCUGAAAGAUUUGUGGCGACUUCUAUCCAAGCACAAGGAUAAUACUCUACGUGGUCUUGACCUAAGUUACAAUGAACAUCUGGACUUUGAUUCUCUGGGGAAAAUUAUCAACUCAUCGGAACUUUUGCAAUUGAAACUGGUUGGCUGUGGUUUAGAUACCAAUAUGCUCGAAAACUUACAGGGAACAGUUACUCAGGAGCAGAGUCAGGUUAAUGACUUGGACGUUAGCUACAAUAUCGAUCUUAUCUCUGAAGAUAUAAUCAUGUUACCGAGUAUUCUCGGAAAUGGUCCAAUUCUGAAGUUGACGAUGUGCGGAUGCGAUCUUUCGGAAGAUGAUGUUGAAGGAUUCAAGGAUCCUGUUUACGACAAUCUGGAGGUUGAAUUUUUGGAUGUAAGUUACAAUUCUUCUCUUGGCCCUGACGGAGUUUCGAUUGUCGGAGAAUCUGUAAAAAGGAUGAAAUGCAAAAAUCUUGGUUUAUCUGGAUGCUCGUUAGACGAAGAAUGUGUUGAUUCAUUGAGGACUUCCUUGUGUGAUCACAAGCUGAAGCAAUUGGAUAUUAGCGACAAUCCUGAACUAGGACGCUGCGUUGGCAAAGUUGUCUCCUUGGUGAAAGAAACAGAAAUCAAGUCUCUUAAACUAAGCGACUGCCAAAUCACUUCUAAACAAGUUUUGAGUCUUUCUGAAGAGUUAAAAAAGCAAAAGGUCGUACUCGAAGAAUUGAAUUUGAGCGAUAUGAGAUCCCGUCCUGGUACCGAUUAUAUGUCUUCUCUGGGAAAACUCCUUAAUUCUGUGGAAAAGAAACUUAUUAUUUGCUUUCCACAAAGUUCGACUGAUAUCCUUCGAAACUAUAUUCAAGGAAUUUUGAAAACAGAGGAUAAAAACCUCAGCAUUGUAUAUGAAUACGACCAAGGCCACAAGGAAAAAGAAAUUGGUUGUAUGAAAAUAAGUUGCUGAUAUUCCCUGAAUACCAGGACUGUUCAACUUUGUAAAAAAGCAUCAUCUGUAACAAAAGUUUCUGAAAAGCAGUAAUAAUAUGUUUUGGAGCUAUUUUCAAAUUCUAUAGUUCUAUUCUAAUAUGUAAUUCCAUCGUUGUUUUUUUCGUGAAUAGUCAUUCUGUACUGCCGGUGGCUAACGUCAGGUUGACAACUUGGAUACGCGAACUUAGGACAAAACUCUUGUCUGUCACAACUCGAAUCAGACUCCACCAAACAAACCAACCAAGCAACAUUGAAUGUGUAGUCGAAUCUAAUCUCUACAAGUUUAAAUUAGUGAUGUUUUAGUUAUCAGCAACCGGAGCCGUUUCCAAACCUCCCCCGCCCAUCUCUCGCGACCAUAGAGCCACCGUCACAAUGGCGAAAUACUAGCAAAAUCCUGCAGCCAAAUAUACGAUGUCAUAAUAACGUGUUUCCACUUUGCGAAAUAUUUCUAAUUGAUAGCCACGGAAAAGUAGAAUUAAAAAUUGAAAGUUAUUAUGUAGCAUUUGAUCCCAAAAACCUUUUUUGACUAAAGAGGAAUUUAACAAAAUACAUUUAAUACAAAAAAUAACGUAAAUUUUACAAAAUAAAAUCGAAAAAUAGUUAAAUUGACACUAAAUUUGAACAAGAUUCGCCUUUGGGGCUAAAAAAAGUAUUUUAGAU